GCACCUACCAAUGGCAAUGGUAAUCCUCGUCCAUUCAUUACAACACCAAAGGUUUACGGUUACCUUACCCUUGUUCAGGCUGGUACAGCAGUUGUUUUUACGACCUUUUUAGUUACUCAUUUGAGUGCUACAGCUUUAGCUACCAUUGGUGGUAUUGAACUUACCAAUAAGACGAUCGUUCUUG